AUGAAGUCUCACUUGCUCGCCCUUAUCCUGGCUGUCUGCCUGAGCUCCGUUAUUGCUCAGUCUCUGCCCGGACUUCCUGACUGUGCCCAAGACUGUGCCAAUGGCGCCAUUCCCUCAAAGUGCAGCCCCGUCGAUGUUGAAUGUAUUUGUGCCACUAGGUCCUUUAUCGACGACAUGGCCUGCUGUGUUGGAAAGUCUUGCAAUGUGGAUGACCAGAAAAAGCUAACAUCAAUCGUUUCUCAAGCGGCCCUCGACUUUGCCAACGGCAUCUGCGGCGGUGCCGGAGUCAGUGAUCUCCCUCAGUCCGCCACCUGUGCUAGCGAUGCAACCAGCACCACAGCCACCGCUUCCUCUACUGUCACGAACACAGAGACCACUACCACCACGGCCGUCACUUCCUCCGAAAGUGAUCAGACUUCGACAGAAGCUGCCUCCUCGACCUCGGCCGAUACUUCUACUCAGACUUCAACCUCGACUGAAACUGAGACUCCAGCUAGCUCUGAGGAUACUGACGGUGCAACGCCUCUCCGGGGCAAGAGUGUCGGUGUCCUUGCUGGUAUUGUUGCCGGCAUUGCAUUCGUGCUCUAA